AUGCCAAGUCCCAGUCAGAAGGUUGGGAUGGAAGGACCAGUGCUGACGCUGGGGCUGCUGGCCGCCCUGGCCGUGUGUGGCAGCCAGGGGCUGAACGAGGAGGAGCGGCUGAUCCGGCACCUGUUUCAAGAGAAGCGCUACAACAAGGAGCUCCGGCCGGUGGCACACAAAGAGGAGAGUGUGGACGUCGCCCUGGCCCUCACGCUCUCCAACCUCAUUUCCCUGAAAGAAGUUGAGGAGACCCUCACUACCAAUGUGUGGAUAGAGCACGGCUGGAAAGACAGCCGGCUGAUGUGGAAUGCUGAAGAAUUUGGAAACAUCAGUGUCCUGCGCCUGCCCCCGGACAUGGUGUGGCUCCCAGAGAUUGUGCUGGAGAACAACAACGACGGCUCCUUCCAGAUCUCCUACUCCUGCAAUGUGCUCGUCUAUGACUAUGGCUUUGUGUACUGGCUGCCGCCUGCCAUCUUCCGCUCCUUCUGCCCCAUCUCUGUCACCUAUUUCCCCUUCGACUGGCAGAACUGCUCGCUCAAGUUCAGCUCCCUCAAGUACACGGCCAAAGAGAUCACUCUGAGCCUGAAGCAGGACACCGAAGACGAUCGCAGCUACACCGUGGAGUGGAUCAUCAUUGACCCUGAAGGCUUCACAGAGAAUGGGGAAUGGGAGAUAGUCCACCGGCCGGCCAGGGUCAACGUGGACCCCAGAGCACCUCUGGACAGCCCCAGCCGCCAGGAUGUCACCUUCUACCUCAUCAUCCGCCGCAAGCCCCUCUUCUAUGUCAUCAACAUCCUGGUGCCCUGUGUGCUCAUCUCCUUCAUGGUCAACCUGGUCUUCUACCUCCCGGCCGACAGUGGUGAGAAGACAUCAGUGGCCAUCUCCGUGCUCCUGGCUCAGUCCGUCUUCCUGCUGCUCAUCUCCAAGCGGCUGCCCGCCACAUCCAUGGCCAUCCCCCUCAUCGGCAAGUUCCUGCUCUUCGACAUGGUGCUGGUCACCAUGGUUGUGGUGAUAUGUGUCAUCGUGCUCAACAUCCACUUUCGAACACCCAGCACCCACGUGCUGUCUGAGGGGGUCAAGAAGCUCUUCCUGGAGACGCUGCCGGAGCUCCUGCACAUGUCCCGCCCGGCGGAGGAUGGACCCAGCCCCGGGGCCCUGGUGAGGAGGAGCAGCUCCCUGGGCUACAUGUCCAAGGCGGAGGAGUACUUCUCACUCAAGUCCCGCAGCGACCUCAUGUUCGAGAAGCAGUCAGAGCGGCAUGGGCUGGCCCGGCGCCUCACCACUGCACGCCGGCCCCCAGCAAGCUCUGAGCAGGCCCAGCAGGAACUCUUCAGUGAGCUAAAGCCAGCUGUGGACGGGGCAAACUUCAUUGUUAACCACAUGAGGGACCAGAACAAUUACAAUGAGGAGAAAGACAGCUGGAACAGGGUGGCCCGCACAGUGGACCGCCUCUGCCUAUUUGUGGUGACACCUGUUAUGGUGGUGGGCACAGCCUGGAUCUUCCUGCAGGGGGUCUAUAACCAGCCCCCACCCCAGCCUUUCCCUGGAGACCCCUACUCCUACCACGUGGAGGAUAAGCGCUUCAUCUAGAGUGGGCUGUGGGGGAGCCAGGAGACAGCAGGUCUGAGAGGAGCCACAGUCCCUCAUGAGACUGACUUCUAGCCCUGAGGUUCGCACCCCUUAGGCUGGGCAGAGUCCGAGGAAGGGAGAGAACAGCCACUCCUCAAGGCUCAGUGGUUCCUCUGCAAAUCGACACAGGGGCCACCUGAGAUGGUCUGAGGGUGGACGUCGGCUAGAGGGGGUGGGCAGGAAGAUUUGGGGGGAAGCAGGAGGCCGGCUUGGGGGCCAGGGGGGAGGCCACUCGAGGUGGCCUCAGCGGGAGAGCUCUGAUUAGGGUGAGACAGUUAGCGCCCUUCUCUGCUCCCCCUCCUGCAAGGUGUGGGGUAGAGCAGGCAGGAAUCUGCACCUUCACUCUCUGGCUCCCCCAGGCUCCCUCUUCCCACCCACCCUUCAAUUUCAGGCUUCUGAGGCCUUACCUGGAACUGAGGUUGAGGACACCUCCCUUCCUCCAAACCCGAGUGUCCUUUCCCAGCUCUUUCUGCCUUGACCAUUCUGCCCAGAUCCCUUUGGGAAGCUGAGGACUGGAGUGGAAAGGUCAGGAUCAACAUCCACAAAGACUUGGGGUCAGCCUGAGGUCGAAUGCACAGUUCUAGAGGACCGGAAUGCAGUGCCCCGCUCCCCGGCACCUACUCCUCCCCAAAGCAGGGUUGUCAUGCAUUA